UUAGCAUGUAGAAUGUUAAGAAACAUUCUCAAAAGUUUUAUAUUACAUCAUGUAGUACUUAUACCUUAUGGUAAAUAAUAAAGCGUACUUAUAGUAGUUAUUUAAUAGUCUUAAGUAUAUUUUUCAGUGAAAUAUGUUCAGUAUAAAUGCAUGUAUUGUAUAAUGACUAAAAAAUGUCAAUCAAGUAUAGUAUAAGUAUAGGUAAGUACAAUGAAUUAUAUUAUACUAAUGUAUCACAACAGCACAUUUAAAAAAAAAUCUAUUUUGGUAUAUUUUUUAGGUUGUCAAGGAGUCUACAAUGAUUUGAGUAAAUGACAUAAAUGACACACGUUAUUCGUUUUUUUUUUUUUAAUACGUCUGCGGAAGGAUCGACAUCUUGCGCGAACGAGAUGGACAACAAGACCCAUCAUACAUAAAUACAGUUGGUAUUAAGGUAUACUGUAUACAAUAUUAUGUACCUAACAAUAUGAUUAUUAACAAACGUCUAAAGUUUCUCUCGACGAGAAUCGUGACGUGUUACUUCGGGUUGCCCGGGAACCGGAUCGUAUAUGUGUACAUAUUAUAUAUGACAUAAGGCCGUCCACCUCUGUCCAUAAAACACGCACGCUCCACUUGUAUUUUCUUUUAGACAUUUAAGUAUAAUAUAAACAUAUUAAUAUAUAUUGUUACCUUCUUAAAUGUAUACGAUAUAAUAAUAUAUCGAUCGAUCAUCAUACUGAUAAAUGUUAUACGCAUCGAUUACAAUGUGGAUCGUUUGGACGGUGCAGAUGUCGAGUCGGAAAAUCUUGCCGGACCAACAGUAAUCGCGAAGUUUUGGCACAGUUGUUGUUCACGAACUUAAAGCGUAAUUAUAACCACGUCAAUUAGUAUACUUACCUCGUUACAAUCGAUACCAACGCACUUAUGAACCGACACUGGCCAUUGAUGUUUUUGUUGGGGGUGACGUAUCUGACGGCCGCUGAUGAUCCCUCGUCUACCGAUGAGAACUUAGAUACCAAAAUCAUCUCCUCUCGAGAAGUUUCCCGGACUCAACCACCCUUAAGCGAAUCAUCAACUCUGGCCAGAUUUCCAUUGGAAGACGAAUCUACAUUCCGUGGACAAUCUUCGUCCCAGAGCCCACUUUCAGCCCAGAGCCAACAUACGACACAGUGUGAAUUUACGACUCGGUGCGAACCUACCACUCGACGUGAACCUGCGACUCGAAGCGAACAUUCGACUCGCGCCUCUUGUAGCGACGAAGACGUCAACGAGUCCAACAUAGCCGCUUCCACUACCGUUAACCUCUCAGAAGUUUCAGACGGACUUCGCGAUCAGGUGGUGCGGCUGACUAAUCAGCUGAGCAAAGCAGUCGCAGAGUUGCACACUGCCCAGGAACGCGAACGAAAGAUGGUCGUGUUGGAGAGAGAGAAAUACAGCUACUUAAAAGCUGCUUCGGAGAAGGUGCUGAGCAUCGUGGACAACGUGCAGCACUCCGAGAAAGGAUUUGCAGCCAACUCGUCCCGGGAACGGCAGAUCCAACAACGGCUUGCCCGCGACCACCGGACGCAGCGCCAAUCGCGACGCAAGAUGCAGGCGAUUCGACGACUGUUGGUGGGUGCCGAUGUGGGUCUGGUGCACAUCGAGAGUAGCAGGGUAUUAAAUAAGUGCCGGACGAACCGCAGGAAACCACAGGGCGCUCCGCAUGCAGACAAGUCGCCGUUCCGAAAUCGCCCGUUGGACGGAUAAUCAGAGCAGUGAUAACGUUAUCACUGUACGGACCCGUGUGCGGUGCAUAGCGUGAUAACUCUAAAUUAUAAUAUAUAUAUAUUUAUCUAUGUAUACAGACAGCGAGGAUUCGCUCCCGUUCGUUGCUCUCUGCACUUCCCGCCCUGU